AUGUGUGCCAAGUACAACUUUGAGAAACCCAACGACCGCCGAGCCCUCGACCUCAUGAACACGGCUGCCAAGGCUGUCGUCGCUGACCUACCCGAUAUCACGCUCGCAUACGGCGUGAGCGACGAAUACAGCAAACUCAUCACCACCGUCGUCUCAACAUUCACAGCCAACUACGUCCACUCGUGGCCGACUCACUUCCCCGAUACCCCUCUGACAUCACCUCUCCCGACCUUUGACGGCCGAGCCGUGUGCUACCCCACCGUUCAGAACCUCAGGGACUACUUGAGUUGGAGACAAGCCGACUGUCACAUCAACAACCUCUACAAUACGGCGUUCUGGUCCCUCAUUCAACUGGGUGGCAUCGGCAACAAGGAAGCCGAAAAGACGCUGGCGGGUACGCUGGCAGCCGAUAAGAAUGAGAUCAUGUUCUCCAGGUUCGGCAUCAACUACAACCGCGAGCCGGAAAUGUAUAAAAAGGGCAGCGUCAUAUUCCGGGAUCCCGUCCGGCAAUCAAAGACGCAGACGGAGAACGACAGGAAGCGUAGAGCCAAGGCGAGGAUCCUGGUGGAUCACCUGGACAUCAUCAAGGAUGAUUUCUGGGACAGGAGGCCGUGGAUACUGUCCAACAAGCCCGGCAAGGUUCCCAAGGAGACGUAG